GCAGCGGGGUGUUAGCUUCUCGCCGCCACUGAAACCUCCUGGCUCUCAGCUCAUCGGGAGGUUUUGAUAUGUUAUUGUUUUUAAAAACGUCUGAAGGAAUGCGAAGAUGAGAAUCAAAGAAUCGGAUGAAAAACAAUCGAAGCAACAGUUCCCGCCGGAGCGAUUUUAAGGUUGCUCCCCGCUCUGCGUCCUAGCUUCUCUCCUAGUCGGCAGCGUCAUGGUGGACAUCGCCGUGGCGGGCGGCGCGGCGUGGAGCUGUCGGGGCCGCCGGCUGUCCGACGUGCUGCUUCCUGUCCACGCCGCGGCCGAAGAGGAGCUGCGUGAGCCCGAGGGAGACGAGGCCGCCGGGGCCGGCCCGGUGCUGCUGGAGCAGACGGAGGACGGGUCUCCUUGCCUCCUGACGCUCCGCUGCACCUCCUGCUCGCCCGCCGCCGCCAUCAGCCGCCUGCUGGUGGUCAGCGAGGCUCGGACCAUGGAGGCGUACGACCACACGGGCGAAUACUGCGGCACCGUCCGCGGGGAGAGGAGCGACGGCGUGCGGCCAGACAGUUCAGGCCGAGGGCCUUUCUACCGGAAGCAGCUGGUCCUGGAGCGCCCCUCCCCCGCCUGUGACGUGAAGCUGCUCUCGCUGGGCGGCAGGAGCAGCGUGUUGGUGCGUCGAGUCGUCGUGGGCCUCCGGGCGCCGCCGCCCGCCGCGGCCCACGGGCCCGGCAUCGACAUGCAGCAGGUGCAGUGUCUGGUGGAGCAGAUGGGGGCCAGCCUGUCGCCGGGGGCCCGGAGCCUCAUGGAGAUGGUGCACUUCCAGCAGAAGAACCAGACCGGCUCCCUCGGGGGCUUCCUGCCUCUCCUGAUGGGCGGCGGCAUUCUCUCUGCGCUGGCUCAGGGCGCCAACGUCUCCGCCCAGCCGCAGCCUGCAGCCUCCAGGAGCGGAGCGACGUCAGACGCCUCCUCUUCCUCCUCCUCUUCCUCCUCUGACCUGCUGGCUUCUGGCGUCAACACCGAGAUCAUAGCGGGUAGCGGAGGUCCGGCGGGCGGCGCCCAGCUGGCGGAGCUGAUAUCCCGCCUCCUGAGUGGCGGCGGCCCGGCGGCGGCCUCCGGCCCGGAGCUGCUGCCCGUGCUCCAGAGCCUCUGUGGUCAGGUGACGAAGCUGAGGCUGGACGACGCCGAGGAAGAGGAGAUGAAGAAGAGGAACGGCUCCUGGGAGUUGGACCCGGCCAUGGAGCGCCGCCUGGAGGAGAUGGAGAGGCGGCUGACGGAGCACGUGGACCGGCGGCUGGACGCUCUGGAGCAGAAGCUGGAGAAGACGCUGCUCGCCGCCCUGGAGCGGGCCGCCCCGAGCGGAGCGGCCUGCCCGGGACCCUUUGAGCAGAGCGCCCCCACGGCCGCCACGCACUGAGGCGGAACAUCUCAAACCUUCACUGGACCUCGGCCACGACAACCCGAAUAUUAAUCAAGUAACGCAGCGAUUGCAAUCCUCUGCCGUGAAGAAGACAAAGCGGAGGACACUCCAGAGUCCUGCUGCCAGGAGAACAAACAUCUGCACAUGGUGUUUCCUGGCUGCAAUGCAUCCUGGGAAAGUACCUGGAAAUACAUCACCACCAAGCGGCCAUCUGAAUCUACUAAAAUGAAGUAAAGCGGAGCGUGUGAUGUCAUCCAUAACAUGAUCAGGAUUUACAUGCAACACCAGCAGAACACUUCUUGAGUCACCUCGUAAUGUGCAUGUAAACAAUUUGUCCUCCGAUUAAUACGACGUUCUGAAACGGCACUGACGGUGUCACAAGUGUGUGUGUAUCUAAUAUUAUAUAUAAUAUAUUAUAUAUAUGUAAUAAUAUUAUAUAUUAUUAUAUAUAAUAGUAUAUAUUAUUAAAUAUAUAUUAUAUAAUAAUAUAUUAGAUAUAAUAUUACAUAUAUAUCAUAUAUAAAUAAUAUACAUAUAUUAUUUAUAUUAUAUAUUUAUUUUAUAUAAAAUAUAUAUAUAUAACGUGUAAGUGAUUAAAAUGUGUUUUAAUAGGACACGGUAACGUACAUGUCGGUAACAUGAAGACACUAAACUACUAAACAGUUUUGACCUGAUUGUUUUAUGCUAAUAUUAAAAGCAAUAAAAAUAAAUAUAUAUUUAAACUAA